GCGGCCUUGGAUGCGAGGCGUUUCCUCCGCGCCCAGGCACAUUUUGGACGCGCCAGAGCAUUUCGGGGCCACGUUGCAUUGGCAAGAAAGCAUAGAAGCAGCCACGGCCACUGCCGCCCGCGGUUCCCGCUCCUUGGCCAGACCGAAGACAGAACACCAAAACGCCAUCGCCGCGGCGCACCCGCACCCAUGGACGCCGCCGUCGACCGCCCCAACGCCCUGCGCACGACCACGAGCGGCACGGACGACGCCGGCCGCGACCCCAUCGUUCUGGGAGACACGAUCACGCCCGCCCAAACACCGGCCCCGAACACGACGGGCCUGACGCCGCGUUUAGGAGCUGCCGUCAUCGCGCCGGGCCUCCAGCUGCCCGAGCUCACGCUGACACAACCACCAGAGCAGAGGCCGCGUUGCGGCUCGGAAACCGAUGGCAUGAAGCGCGUCCGGUCCAAAAAUGUUUUAGGAGACGCCCCGAAGGCGCCGCGCGUCGACCUACAGGAGGACGCGCCGACGGCGCGGCGGCGCGCCGAGUCCUUGCACGAGCAGCCGUCCCUGAAUUUUUUUGAGGAGCCGACGCGGAGCGGGUACACGCCGGAGAAGGAGACGAGGGAGCGGUCCUCGACGCAGGAGCUGACUGAUGAUCAGCAGGACGAGUCGGAUAGUGACAGUUCGGACGACGACGCGGCCAUCGCGUGGCUACAACGGCAAAAACGCCCGUCGGCGACGCCGUCCAAAAGAUCGUCCGCGGGUUCGAGGAGGCGGUCCUCGGCGUCGCAAGCCCUGUCGCCGCCGCCACCGCCGCCGCCGCCCCAGCCCGAGAGUCCUACUCUACCCGGCUUCUCGCGGAAGACGCGCGAGUCCGAAAGUGCCAGGAAGGAACGCGCCGCGCAGCGGCCGGCGCCGUCGCCGAAGCCGCCGCCGCCGCCCCGAAGCGAGUCGAGCGACGACGGCGGCCUCGACGACCUCCAGGCCAUCCACACGGCGCCGCGUUCGCGGGAAAAGCACUCGCGUAGUCACUCGCAAGGCGUCGCGCGGGCGAUGGCCAUCGCGAAGCGGAACGGGCAGCGGUCGGCGUCGCGUGGUGGGGGGUAACUCUAUCGCGUCGUA